AUGGAGAUUUCGUAUGACUUUGUUCGCACUUUUGUGCGUUGUAUUUUUUUACUUCCAGGAAUCGAUGCCCUCUAUCCAUUGCUUGACCAGAGCGGCAAAUCAAGAUACGAGAUCCAUUCGAGCUGUAUGAGAGCGCUAAAAGCAAAGCUCUUGCAAAGACUGGAGACGGUGCAAAUGGACAACGCAAAGUUCGACUCUGCACUUGAACAAAUGCUGCCAUACAUUGACGUGGAGGGCCUUCAGGAGCUCCCACUAACUCUCCUUGGUCGAUUUCCGGACAGAAUGACGAAGGACAUCAUUGAUAAAAUUGGCGGGAAUGAGGCACUGUUCAAGAUAGCGCCAAAGGAAGUACAGCGCAGGAUAUGGCUUUCAAAUUCAGUCAAAUUCAGGGACGAUGUCAUUCCCAUUGUUCAGGCUUAUCGGACAGAUCCAGAGGUCAUUCGCAUGGCAAAGGAGAUGAGCAUCGACCAGCCAACCAAAGUCAUCACUCAGAGGCGCAACCAUCCCAGUAUUAAGCAACUACUGGACAUCCUUGGCGGGAAUUUGGAGUUGUACAACCAAUUCGGCUCAUAUUUACGAUCACUCUUUAUUCGAUCCAACGAGGCCGUCUACUGCACGUUACGUUUCGAUCUCUUGAUGGCGAUGCACGAGGAGAAUGUCGGAUCUGUAGGUUCAAGGUUUACUGUUGUUUCCGCUCAAAUUACGAAAGUCGAUCCGUGUCACGAGUUGGUCUGGAAUCUGGAUGCUUGUAACAGGACGCUGUCCAUGGAUGAGAGGCGCGUGGAUAAUAUUCGCAAAUUCUUUGACAAGGUCAAUCGAGACGAUCCAGUUCACGGAGAUAUCGCAAUGAUCUUGAAUGAUCCGUUCACCUCUAACAUGAUUACAUCUCGGCUGCUUGUGCUGUUGAACGAAGCGACUCAAAACGGAAGAAUCCCCCAGUCGGACCCAACCCUAACGUGGACUGCAACAAUGCUCAACCUUGGCGCACACGCAAGGCGGAUUAUUCAAAACCAAAAGUUCAGGAUUCCCAAGGUGGAGGCGAAUGUUUCGGACAAAUUCAUGACCACAUUAUCAAAUUGCAUUCUGGACGACACGCUCGGUAUGCUGAAGCAGGAUGUGGACGAAAAUGUGGAGUACGAAGAGGUUGAGUUCACAGAGGACAACCUGGUGGCACUCGAUGACAGCGAGGUCGCAAGAAAGAUCUUGUGCCAUUAUAUUCUCGACAAGUUAUCGAGUCUAGACAUCCAUGCACUCGCAAGAACACUACCAACAAUCGUCAACAGUCUGAAGCGAAACUCGCCAUACGAUUACCAAUCUUCUCCCGCAGACAGCCUCCAUGUCACCUAUCAGUCCUUUUUCCACUCUUUUCUAGGAAUGCUACUCCGUCAAACACAGCUAACUCGCUUCUUGAUGGCCCGCAAGUGGCAGACAGUCAUCAUGAACGAAUUUCUUGUGCCUGCGGCUGCAGUUGACGUCUCUGUUCACGGGCAGGCAAUCGAAUUCCUGUUAGAAGCAUUUAGGCUGGUUGCAUCGUCCGGCAGAGCUGGCUCUAUUGGCGAUGCAUUCUUGAAUAUGGGGCGUUGGCUGGAGACGCUCUGUAUGAACCGUCCCAUUGCCAAUAUUACUCAGGAAAAAGACUAUGAGCUGCGUGAGACGUAUGCCAAGAUCGUUGCGGAUGUAGCGAUGCUUAGCGGGGGACGAUACAAGAUGAAGCCAGAGGACAUUACGAAUGUCCUGGCGUACGUGCAGGCAUGUGAACAGCUGUAUUGA